UUCUAUUCCAGGAAAAUGCAAAAAUGGUUGAAUAGAGUGUAGAAGAUCUUAAGAGUUAAACAUUUUUUUCUGGAUUGAUGUGAGAGAUAAGAGCUGUCGUGUGAGUAGUGAUAGAUCAAUACCUAGAUCGAUUAUUUAAUUAAUCGAAACGAAGUUGGGUGCAUAUAUAUAGGCACUGUUUGUCCUGUAGGAAAUGAUAAGGAGGUAUGGAGGGUAGUACAGGGGGUACUGUAGGUCCCCCAGGCGGUGGGGGAGCUCCAGUAGUUAGGAGACUCAGAACACUUAAAAGGAGAAAGGAAGAGAAGGAGAGUAGUAAAAAUCAGGUCAAAUUAGAACGAGUUCUAGGCCUUACUGUUUCCAGUAAUGCCAGCCUCGCCACAGCACCAUCUUCAGGUUUGGUAGCGUACCCUGCAGGAUGUACUGUUGUACUGUUUAACCCUCGGAAAAAUAAACAGACCCAUGUUGGGAAUCCUGGAAGGAAGACGAUUACAGCUGUUGGAUGGAGUGAGGACGGAAGAUAUCUUGUAACCGGAGAAUGCGGUCAUCUUCCCAGUGUCAGGGUCUGGGACAACCAGGAGAAACAGUUCGUUGGAGAGUUCCAGGGACAUAAGUAUGGAAUCAACUGUGUGGCCUUUGCUCCCAACAACAAAUACAUUGUCUCGGUCGGAUCCCAGCAUGAUAUGAUAGUGAAUGUCUGGGACUGGAGAAAUAACAUUAAGGUGGCCAGUAACAAGGUGUCAACAAAGGUGAAAGCAAUUAGUUUUGCCGAGAAUGGUUCAUAUUUUGUCACAGCUGGGAAUAGGCAUGUUAAAUUUUGGUAUCUUGAGUACAGCAGAUCUGCAAAAUACAAGGAACCUGUUCCUCUCAUGGGAAGGUCUGCUAUACUGGGUGAGCAGAGGAAUAACUAUUUCUGUGAUGUUGCAUGUGGAAGAGGGGAGAUGGGAGACUCUACCUACGCUAUAACUAAAUCUGGAUUACUCUGUGAGUUUAAUAAUAGAAGAUUACUCGACAAAUGGGUUGAACUCAGAACUACCAGUGCUAAUUGUCUGUCUGUUGGCGAAGAGCUGAUAUUUAUUGGUUGCGCAGACGGAAUUGUCAGAUGCUUCUCACCACAUUCACUACAGUUUGUGACAACCCUUCCUACAACCCAUUACCUUGGGGUAGAUGUCUCUAAAGGUUUAACCAGCUCUCAUAUGGCUAGCCAUCCACAGAAUGCCUUAUAUCCUGAUGCGAGUGCUGUAAGCUACGAUGAGCAGAAUGGUCGUGUCUCUGUAGUGUACAACGACCACUCUCUGUAUAUCUGGGAUGUCAAGGACGUUAGAAAAGUUGGGAAAAGUCAUUCUUUCCUCUACCAUUCAGCUUGCAUCUGGGGACUAGAGAUGUACCCUGCCAACAUUGGUGAUGGUAAGAAGGCUGUCCUUCCUGCUGGUAGUUUUAUAACCUGUGGCAGUGAUGAUACAAUCAGAAUAUGGAAUAUGGAUUCUGGACUACCCACAAAUACACUCUACAGAAGAAAUAUAUACAGUGAAGAACUACUGAAAACUAUGUACAUAGAUCCAGCACUGGGCUUUAUAAAGGAGGCUGAUAACUCCCUGUCCUCUGGUGAGAAGGAUACUGUAUAUGACCAGAGGAAUGGUGUACGCUGUAUCAGGAUUAGUCCUAAUGGGAAACAUCUAGCUAGUGGUGACAGGGCCGGUAAUAUUAGGGUUCAUGAACUUCAGUUCAUGGACGAGCUGUGUAAGAUAGAAGCUCAUGAUGCUGAAGUUCUUUGUCUAGAGUACAGUCUGCCAUCUCCAGGCACUACAGCUAACUAUCUAGCUAGUGCUAGCAGGGACCGAUUGACCAAUCUGUUUAAUGCUGGAAAAAACUAUAGUUUUCUAUCAACACUAGACGAUCAUAGUUCUAGUAUUACAGCAGUUAGAUUUCUUCCUAACCAGGGUCAGGAGGGGAUACAGAUGGUGUCUUGUGGCGCAGAUAAAUCCAUUAUAUUUAGAGAUGUCAAUACUGAAGAUUCUCAGGGCAUUAGUUUGAAUCGAGUAAAUCAUAUUGUUGGGAAGACGACAUUGUAUGAUAUGGAACUAGACAGGUCUGGUAAGCAUAUACUGACUGCGUGUCAGGAUAGGAGUAUACGGGUUUACAGUGUAGCAGGAGCCAAACAGACUAAAUCCUUCAAGGGGUCGGCUAGCGAGGAUGGAACUCUUAUCAAGGUUGUACUGGAUCGAAGUGGAAUCUACUGUGCCACCUCGUGUACAGAUAAAACCCUCGCUAUUUAUGAUUAUCAUACUGGAGAGCUGAUGGCAACUAUGGCAGGGCACAGUGAGCUUGUGACGGGGUUAGCAUUCAGUUCGGAUUGCAAGCAUUUAAUAUCUGUAUCUGGAGAUAGUUGUAUCUUUGUCUGGAGGCUUCCUACCGAUAUGGUUCAUACUAUGCAGGCGAGAUUAGCAGCAGCUCCUAACAGGAAUUCUAGCAGAACAUAUAUAACUAGCCCGCCGGGAGCUGAAUCCCCGGAUAUAGAUAACGAACAGUUCGGUUCCCCUCCCCCUGAGUUCCUGGAUCCUAAUGCAAACCUACCAAACGAUAAUGAUAUGUACAGGUUUUCUGUUGGAAAACUACCAGGUUGGGCUAAAACCAAGAUAAUCCAGUCCUCCAGUCCGGCACUUCAGCCCCAGGGGGACGCUGUGAAGGGAAGGUGGGCGGAUAGAGCCAACCAGGAGAUCAAUCUCAGAUCAUUCGAGGACACUCCCUUCAACAACCCAGGGGAGGAGGACAGUAGUCCUAAGGAGGGAAGCAGCCUCGAAUGGGCCAGGACUGGUAGCAGUAUGUCUGAGCUAGAAAGUAUGUCUCCCCAUCCUUCCUCACAGAAUCCUCGUCCAGAUACUCUAGAUACCCUGGACAGCUUUAAUGAUGCAGAUGUAGAUGAUUAUUCUACCCAGGAUGAUGGCGGCGAGAGUACAGAACCUGAAAAUACUGGCAGUACAAUGUACUUUGGACAGGUUGAUGAGAAGUCAGAUAUUUACCAUGUCAAUGCUAUGGAUGUUGAUGAACUGAGGAAAUCUCAGCGAAGAUUCAGAGGAAGCCGGGCAGAUCUAGUAAAUAGCGAGGAUGAAGAGGAGGAGGGGGGGAGCAGUACACCAUCAGCUGAUCAUUCAGACAAGAACAUUCAUUCUAUGCAUUGUAUUAGUAUGGAAUCUGUGGACCAAGUGGGACGAAGAGAGAGAUUUCUUCAAUCUAAUUUUGAAUCCUUGUCAGGUGGAGAUGAAACGAUGAAUAGUUUGACCCUGAACUCUAGUUCGAUUAGCAACGCCUGGAGGGAAGGGGGAGCCAUGCAACGCAACGCUGGAACUAUUGAAAAGGCACGUGAGACACGUAAUGCUGAACAGAACAGGCGAAGAGAGGAACUACAGCGGAGGAUUGAAGAAACAAGAUUAAAACUUCAAAACGAUCCAGCUUCCUCAACCUUUAAACCUAGUUCAUCCCAGAUUGGAUACAAAUCAAUGAAAGGAAGCAGGAGCAUAAACGAUCUCAGUUCAUUUGGUGAUAGGGAGACUCCUGUUCCAAGUAGUAGUAACAAAACCCUUCCAAGACAGAGAAAAGGUAAACAGGCCCCAUCAGGGCCAGCUUCAUCAAAUGAAAGCUUGCUUACUACUAAUCGGGAUAAUUCUGCUUCCACGGGUGAAGACUGCUUUUUGGGUGAUGGUAGCACAUCGAGAAGGAUUCGAAUUGUAGAAUCAGAUUCCGACUCUACGCUUCAUGGUGAUCUAGGAUCUAGUUCAGCUGAAGAGGAUGUUCGUCAUGUUGGUGAGGAGACUGCUAAAGGUGACGAGGACGGAUCUGGUGGAACUAGUCUAAGAAGAGCUUGCUCUCUCUCAGAUCUGAAUAAACCAAAUGUUUCCCGUAGGAUACUGCCUUCUCCUCCUAACAAUGUGUCUGGUAAGAAAGGAAGUGUGUCUGGAUCCCGCCCUAUGUCCAGUAGUGAUGUUGACCGCCCUGACCGACAGCGGUUGAUGGAGCGGAGGAAGUCGGUAGAUGAUCGGCGCAGUUCUAUUAAGUCUCCUGCAGGAGAGAAACCUCUUAGUAGACUUGAGCAGCAUGAGCGAAUGUUGGCAGAACGUGAACGGGAGCGACGAGAAGCUUCAAGAUCAGCUGGACUAGGACAUCGUCAACCCAGCAGAACAGAUCUUAGACCUCGCUCCGUUGCCGAGGACAGUGAUCGUGAUGUGCCAAGUUACAUGAGGUCGACCUCGGCUAGUAUCAAGAAGGAGAAACUAGGGAACAGUCCUAUCGAUAAAAUAAGGAGGAAGAGUGCUGCUAACUAUAGUAAGUCUACUAAUGAUCUGAGUGGAACUACUAGGGAAGAGGAGACUAGCAGUGAGGAAGAAGUUAGAUUAAGGAAGCGAAGCCUGAGUCAGGACAGACACGGUGAAUCUUCGUCUAGAAACGGGCCAAUCAGAGCUAAGAGUGAGCGUGAUUUAUCACGUGUUGCUAAGGUAAAGGUGAGUUCUAGAGAGGAGGGUGGUGGUACUAGUGGUGCUAGCACACCUACUAAACAAAGAACUAAAAUGAAGACGACCACUAUUAUUAGUAACAAUGGAGCUAUGGUUGUAAACGCCCCUCCAGAGCUUCCAUUUCUCUCCGCUAGAGGAUCAGAGGCGGUUGAUGUAACACGUGCUAAACUAACCAGGCAGCUGGCUGAACGUACCAACCUGAAAAUGCAGGAGAGUGCUGAUGACCUAGUUAAGCUGUAUAAACGGGUCAGCUUGGAUGAUGACCUUGAUGAUCAAGUGCGCAGUGAACUACUCUCACAGCUGUCUGCAGGAGCAAGUUCUACCCUUCGAACCCUUAAACUGGUUUGUGAGAGUCCUGACAGUAACGGUUUAGCUGCUCUAACAUCCUUCAACAGUAUCCUGGCGAGACAGGCAACACAGCAACAACAACAACAGCAACAGCAGGAUUUGGCAAAUAAUCCAUACUUCCAGCAUAUGUUGGAGAACUAUAGUAGUCUCAUGUAUCAGAAUAUGAACCAACCUAACCAACCCAAACCUGGACCUUUGAGGGGCAAACCCAGGGACCCUGGAGGACCCUCUUGGUGCUAAUCUAGGGUACCUAUGGGACCAUCCUGGACUUUAUAUAGUAAUCUUCCUUUUAAUACAUUUGAAGGAAAAGAUAAAAUUUUUAAAUCCUGUGUUAUCAUUUUCCUGAAACCAUGUGAUUUGGACAUUGUAUUAUUCGUCCUGCAUUUAAACUAUAUGUACCGUAGUUAUGUAAUGUACUCACACAGUGUACAUCAGACUAAUAAGUACUAAUUAGAUAUAUAUAUAUAGAUUAUAUACAAUUGCAAACAGUUCUAUGAUUAUUGAUUACACUGCAGUGCACUGUUGUGUGAAUAACUUUAACCAAUUAAACUUGUUUACAUUAUAUUUUAGACUGAUGUGUUUUUAUAUAUAAGCUUGGUCAAAUCAAAAUUUAGGGACUACUAAUAUUUUAACUUGUGGGCUCUAGAUUUUUAUUCUAAAAAUAAUUUUUAAUUUUUCCGUGCAAUUUUUAAACCACCCCCUUUACUUUUUGGAAGAAAUGUCUUCCCUAAGUCCUUGUUCUAAUGUUUCAAGUGCCAUUUUGUGUUUUUUUUUAAUUGCCAUAAAAUUGAAAAAAGUAGUUUGUACUUCGUGCCAAUCCUCCCAAACAUUCACAUUCCACAUUAUUAGAUCUCAUGCCGACCCACUUUUUUACCUUUUACAACCUUGUAACUUAACAAUAAAAUAUUAACAAGAUAA